UAAUGGGACCGCAAAGGUAGGACAGUGGCUAGAACUGGGGUCUGUGCAGGGGCUGCAAAUCAGAGCUCUGCAGCCCUCACCCCAUCCAACCCAGCCCAGGACUCCCAACCACUGUAGUUCAGGGUCGCGCCCGUUGCGGGGCAACCGUUCAUUUGCAUAUGGUACAGUCUUGGCCAAUGAGGCUGCCUGAAAUGUUGGGUGAUUGGGCCAAGCCCAAGGAACUCAUCUGGGAGAAGGGCAAGGGGAUGGGACUGGGUCUUCUUGCCCUCCAAGCCCCAGGGCACUAAAGUUAUGUACCCGUUUCUCGAAGGGAAUGAACUAAGGCUGGAGGCCAGAACCAAACAGCGAGGGGAGACAAGUGAGGGCUGCUUAUUACCAGAAGCGUCCUGAGCUGUUCUGAGCUACCAAGAAAAGAACAAAAACAAAACACUAAUAAUAAACCCAGGUGUCGAGGGUAAGGGCGACCACAGGCAGAGGUUGGGGCUUGGAUUCCAGUGUCUCUGCCUAGGUUGCUUGAAUGGGAGGCGCCCUGGCGUGGGCGCUGUGGUUGCUGCUGCUACUGCAGGAUCCAUGCAGCCUGGGAUUGUCCUGCAACGUAUCCUCGGAGGAUGUGGACUGGAAUAUGGAGUUCACAGCCACAUGCCUGAACUUCAGCGGUCAAAGCCUGAACCUGCCCUGGAACAGGUCUCUGCAGGCCAGCAGCGUGCUCCUCCUCGACCUGUCUGGGAACAGCCUUCGAGAGCUCCCAUGGUCCUUCUUUGCCCGCCUGGGGAAACUGCAGAUCCUGGAUGUGACUAACAACCCCCUAGACAACGUGGAUGCCAUGCUGGCAGAACGCUGUGACCUUGACUUGAAGGCUGACUGCCUCUGCAUCCUAGCCUCCUGGCACAAGGUUCGAAAGGACAACUGCUCUGGCCAGCUGCCUCUGCAGUGCCUGGAUGCAGGCACCAGCACCUGGCACAACCUCUCCACCUUCCUGGAGGUCGGCUGCUCCCCUGGCCUUGCCUCAAACACCAUUGGGGCACUGGCAGCUAGUGGAAGCCUGCUCCUUGGGCUCUCCAUAGCUGUCCCAUUGCUGGUGUGGAGACUCCGGGCACGCUGGGCACCCAGUAGCCAGAAUAAAACAUGGGCUGCUCCAAAUGGUCCCAGGCCUGGCUCAGUUCAGCAGCUGAAGUACAGUAGCCGGAGCCUCAGCCCUAAGCAACCAGAGGACAGCCUACCCAGACCUCCUACGCCUGACUAUGAGAAUGUGUUCAUGGGCCAGCCACCCGACAGGCACCAGUUGGCCAAACACAGGGAUAACUCUUCAGAGGACAGCGACUUCUACAUGAACUACGAGGGCCUCCACAAGGCCUCCCAGCCCAUCUAUGGCAACUUGGAGUUCCCGGGCCAGGCCCCAGCAGUCGAAGAGGAGUAUGUGAUCCCAGGACACUGAGCUGGAACUCCAGCCUGCCCCCUUCCCGGUGAUUCGGGCCAUUCCGGAUCUCCUCUGGCAUCAGUCUCCCAGGUCAGGAAUGGGGCCAGAGAAGAACUGUCCUUGCAGCCCCCUCCCCAGCCCCUGCUCUGCUCUUCAGCCCCCUCAGCUGCUAGAAAGGGAAGAGAGACCCCAACACAGACACAGGAGGUUCAAGGUAUAAACUCCAUUGUCACCUUCCUCUCAGUGUGCAGA